GCCGAAGAUAAACUCAUAUUAUUAUACAAAAAACUUGAGGCUGCAAAUAAUGAUCUCUGUUUUUCGGUGUUGAAGGAUGCACACCAGAGCGUAACAAAAAUGAAGGAUGAGUUACCAGAACUGCAAAAGCUUAUUCAAAUAAUCGUCACGAAGUUUGAAAUGGAUGAUGAUUCAAAGAUAGAUGGUUGGAGAACUGAUGAUUCGAAUAUAGAUGACGUCAUCGUGAACAGUACAAAGAUUGAGGAAUUACGCGAUCAACCGCGAGUUAAUCGGGGUAAAAUUUUAAAGAAAAAAUACCUCACACAGGACGUUGCGCAAAAACCUCUCGAUUCUUGCGAUAAAAACUCCUGUAAAAAUAUUAGCAUGCUCAAAUUAUUGGAUGAUUGUAAAAAUAUGAGCGGUAAUAGCUACCUGAUCACUGAAUGGUGUGAACACGGAAACCUCGAGGAAUACCUGUCGCAGAAUCCGGAACUUGACUGGACUGUAAAGGUUGACAUUGCCACAGGCAUUGCUAAUGGACUGUCUUCCGUUGGUAGAUAUUGCAAGGUAUUGUACGACACAGCUCAUUGUUGGCUUUUGGAAUUUUACAUGAUGGGACUUGACUUCUUUGGGGUUGUUCUUUGGGUGAUUGCCACACAAGAAAGACCGUACAAAGACGUGAAGAGUUUCAGGCAGAUUAAAAAGCAUGUCCUAAAUGGAAAUCGACCGGAACCGAUCGACGAAAGCAUUCCAAUAAGAUACAAAGAGAUCAUGAUGAAGGCGUGGGAUCAAAGAAGUAAUUAUCGACCGAAAGCAAGUGAGAUGUAUGAAAAGCUUUCCAAAUGCUUUUCGGAUAAUGUUUACCAUGCGGAAGAAGAACCUACAAAUUUGCCCCAAGUUUCGGAUGAUGUCAACGAAAAUCAACGUGAUGAGGCCGCGAUGUACAAGCAGGCGAUUGAAUAUCAUAACAAUAAUAGGCGUGAAGAAGCCAGACUUAUUUUCUGCGAACUUGCAUCUACUGGUCACAAGGAAUCAUUAUAUUACCUUGGGUACUACCAUGAAAAAGGUUAUGUUGUGCCUCAAGAUAAUAAAAAAGCACUUGAAUAUUACAGAGAGUCCGCUGAUAGGGGCUGCGACCGUGCAGCUUAUUACUAUGCGGAGGCCUGUUUAAGACUGGCUAAAGAGUAUAUGGAAAAGGCAGUGCAACUUGGGCAAUCCAAGUCUGGCAUAAAAUUGACCGAAUACUUUUUCCCUCCGCCUCCAUCACAGGAAACGUGCGAUAAACUUUUGAGAUUCUUGGAUGCUGAUGAGUCUGAAUUGAAUAGACAACAACCGGUGGAACAGGAAAGGUAUCAGAAAAGAAUCGAAGGAUUGCGAAUUAAAAUCCAACAAACCAAACAAAAAUAA